CGAGGAGAAGGCGGUGGUCCGCCAUUUCGUGGACGCCAGGUCAGCGAGAGCAUCUGCGGGAGCCGGGCCGGAGGGGAGCGGGAAGCGGGAAGAACUAUCCGAGGGUGUGUGGUUUUGAGCGUCUGCUUUGUAACCCAAGAUUUCGAAAUGCAUCGUGAUUCCUGUCCACUGGACUGUAAAGUUUAUGUAGGUAAUCUUGGAAACAAUGGUAACAAGACUGAAUUGGAACGAGCUUUUGGCUAUUAUGGACCACUCCGAAGUGUGUGGGUUGCUAGAAACCCUCCCGGCUUUGCUUUUGUUGAAUUUGAAGAUCCCCGAGAUGCAGCUGAUGCUGUUCGAGAGCUAGAUGGGAGAACACUAUGUGGCUGCCGAGUAAGAGUGGAACUCUCGAAUGGUGAAAAGAGAAGUAGAAAUCGUGGCCCACCUCCUUCUUGGGGUCGUCGCCCUCGAGAUGAUUAUCGGAGAAGGAGUCCUCCACCUCGUCGCAGAUCUCCAAGACGGAGAAGCUUCUCCCGCAGCCGGAGCAGGUCCCUUUCUAGAGAUAGGAGGAGAGAGAGAUCACUGUCUCGGGAGAGAAAUCACAAGCCGUCUCGAUCCUUUUCUAGGUCUCGUAGCCGAUCUAGGUCAAAUGAAAGGAAAUAGAAGACCCGUUUGCAAGAGGAGUGGUGUACAGGAAAUAACUUCAUUUGACAGGAGUAUGUACAGAAAAUUCAAGUUUUGUUUGAGACUUCAUAAGCUUGGUGCAUUUUUAAGAUGUUUUAGCUGUUCACAUUUGUUUGUCUCUUGGAACAGUGACACAUAAAGGUGUAAUUCUCUAUGAUUUGAAUGGAUCAUAUGAGGCAUGUAAUAUUAAGAGUUGUUACUUUACAAUGUUCCCUUAAGCAAAAUUGAAUUUGCUUUGAAGUUUAGUCUUACAUAGACUGAUAAUAAACCUAUUAGCUCCUGCCCAGUUAAAGCUUGAUAUUUCAUAUUAUGAAGACAAAACUGGCAAAAAUUGAACAGAGUUUUUCCAUAGCUGAGAUAGUGUGCAUGCAGCUGUAAUUGAACAGUCUUUAAAAGCUGCUGUGAACCCAAGUCAGCAGCUAAAAAUUAAGCUGCACUGUUAAACUAGGUUAGAGGUUUAAAAUAAAAUGAAUCCUAGUUGUCUUCAUACUGGGCAGAGGUGGUCCAGUUGGUGUAGAAUUGGAAGUUUCAAGAAAGUUUACUUUUGCUUUAGGUCAUAAGUUCAUUUUAACAGGAUUGCUGUAUAUGAACACACAGCUCUAUGUAACAUUCUCUCUUUGGAAAUUUGAAACUAUUCAAGAUACCAAUGUCCUGCCUGUUUAAGGGUACAUUGUAGAGCUGAACUUUGAGUUACUGUGCAAGAUUUUUUUUCAUGCUGUCAUUUGUAAUAUGUUUGUGAGAAUCCUUGGGAUUAAAGUUUUGGUUACAAAUUGUUGUUUAACCUGAAAGCCUGUUUUUCCUUGCAAAACUAAAAUCUGUGAGCUUGGUAUCAAGUCCAGGUAUAACAUUCCUAUUGGAAGCCAUACUUAUAUUUUCUUGUAAAGUGCUUUUGAAUUAAUAAAAUAUUAGCAUAAUUGUGUAAUAGUCGAA